AAAAAAAAAAACCCGUCCCCCUCCUUCUCCGAUUAUCUUGUAACGUAAACCCUAAAAAUCUCAUUUCUUUGGGUUCAUGAUUGAUCAGGAAAUCAUGAUGAAAGCUAACAAUCCCACAACAAACACCGUCUGCGGCCACUGCGGUUUCCUAGAUCGGAAAAUCCUGCACCACGUCCGUCGCGGAGGUAACUUUCGCCGUCUCUGCACCACUUGUGUCCUCCGUCUCCACUCCCAGUAUUUCUGCCCCACCUGUUUCAUUGUUUACGACCGUUCACCCCCCGAACACGCUGUCGUUUGCAACAAAUGCUACUCUUCCGCCCACCCUACCUGCGUCUCCCCUCCCAUUUCCGCACCUACUCCCUCUUCACGUGCCCCUUCCCCUUCCCCCUCCCCUUGCGCCACUUGCUUAAACCCUAGCCGACUUGUUUUCGAUCCCAAAAGAACCGAUGGAAAUGGGGGGAUGGAUAAUGAUGCUGCGAGACUGCUGGUAACUGCUGCGGAGAUAUCAUCUUUGUCAAUGAGUAAAGCAGAGGUGGUGGCAGUUGCAGAAGCCGAGAGGAGAGCGAAGGAAGCUUCGUACACGAGGAAGAGAGCCAGGGAGGCUCUUGAUCAUGUUGUGUACCUAAUGGAAAACGAAAAGAAGAAAAACAUCAAUGGUAACAAAGUUGUGUCGAUGCCUAUGAUGGAUGUUCGAAUUAACAACAACAACAACAACAACAACAACAACAACAACAAACUAGUUGCUGCAAAUCAGGUGUCUGAAGCUUUCAAGUCUGUGGUAUUAAAAGAGAAUGCUGAUGGAAUCGCCUUGUCUGAAGUGCAGAAUAAGAUGAGGGCAGUGUAUAAUCGUAAUGAAGAUUUAGGGCAAAAGAAUGAUUCAAUAUUAGUAGUAGAUCAAGAACAAUUACCCAAGAAUAAUCAUGCUAUACAGGAGAAUAUUGGUUUGCAACCUUAGCAUUGGCUUCUGGUGGUUUCUGUAUUUGGUGCAAGGUGAGAUCUUUCUUAUGGUUCAGUAACUCAUUUUGAUAAAUGGUAUAUUCUCUCUGAAAAUUUAAUCCCCCAAAGUGUUUGUUUUAUCCAAAGUUAGAGAUGAUGGUUUUUUUAUUUACUUGUAAAUCUGGCUUUUGCAUGCAGUGAAUUGAAUCUUUUUUCCAAGAUUGUAUGUUUAUACCACAACAUUCUUAUUUUAGUAUUAUGCAUUGUCAAAGUGAGCUAUGUGCAACAUCUCUUUCUGAUCAAAGGUUGGAGUGUUUGUUGCUAGUGUUCUUUAUACCUCCAGUUGAAGUUCUGCUUUUUAAAAGCCCAAAUUAGAGUUUUCUAGAAACAUACUUCAAUCUUUUUACUAAUAUAGACAAUGUAUUGUGUUUUUACCCUUAAUGGAAAUGUAGUUACAUUUUUUUACUCAUAAUAGUAUCACACUUGUUUUUUAAUAGCAGGCAACUAAAUUACAUUUCUUUACACAUGUCACAUAAUAGUAAUGUAUGUACAAUUCUUUAGCUAUAAUAAUAGCAACUCAGCUUGAUAUUUUUGUUGAUAAUAGAAGUAUGUAACAAAUAGAGUAUGUUACCCAUAUUGAUAGUGAAAUGUAAGCAAGUUGCUAUUUGCUCAACUACUCAAGGACAAUUUUUGUAAUUUACUCAAAAGUUUAUAAAUAUGUAUAGAAUAGACUAAAUUACAAUUUUGGUCCCUG